AUGGUAGAAACGGCAACAACAACAACAAUCACACGCACAAUCAGCAAUGUGCCCGCAAAUAGCGCUGAAGCCAGACCCACUGUUGUUGUUGCUACUGCUGGUGGUGGUGUAAGCGGUUCAACUGCUACGCCCACGGCUGCCUUGAGCGCCCAGCGCAACGAUGAGACAACACGCGCCAUAUAUAAUUUGAAAGUUAUUGUAUUUUUGCUGCUGCUGCCAUUUGUGCUGCUCGCUGUGUUUUUAAAACAUUUGCUGGACUAUCUGUUUGGCCUGGGCGUCAAGGAAAAGGAUGUGAGCGGCAAGGUGGCGCUGGUAACUGGCGGCGGCAGUGGUUUGGGUCGAGAAAUCUGUUUGGAGCUGGCCCGACGCGGUUGCAAGCUGGCAGUUGUCGAUGUAAACUCAAAGGGUUGUUACGAGACAGUCGAGCUCUUAUCUAAAAUACCACGCUGCACAGCCAAGGCUUAUAAGAACGAUGUAUCUUCGCCGCGCGAGCUGCAGCUGAUGGCGGCCAAGGUGGAAAAGGAAUUGGGCCCAGUGGAGAUUUUGGUGAACAAUGCCUCGCUUAUGCCCAUGACCUCAACGCCGCAUUUGAAAAGCGAUGAAAUCGAUACUAUACUGCAGCUAAAUCUGGGCUCUUAUAUUGCCACUACUAAAGAGUUUCUGCCCAAGAUGAUAACACGCAAGUCUGGACAUUUGGUUGCCGUCAAUGCUUUGGCAGGUUUGGUGCCUUUGCCUGGCGCUGGCAUUUAUACAGCCACUAAGUAUGGCAUUAUGGGCUUUAUGGCUUCGCUGCGCGCCGAGCUGCGUCUGUCCGACUGCGAUUAUGUGCGCACUACUGUGGCCAAUGCCUACUUGAUGCGCACCAGCGGCGACUUGCCGCUGCUCAGUGAUGCGGGCAUAUCACGCACUUAUCCUGGUCUGCCCACGCCCUAUGUGGCUGAGAAAAUAGUCAAGGGUGUGCUGCUUAAUCAACGCAUGGUCUAUGUGCCACGCAUAUUUGCGCUCAGUGUUUGGCUGUUAAGAUUGUUGCCCACCAAGUGGCAGGAUUAUAUGCUGCUGAGAUUUUAUCACUUUGAUGUGCGCAGCGCGCAUUUGUUUUAUUGGAAAUGAACAAGAAUUAUAUAACAUUAAACAUUAAACAUUAACUAUUUAUAUUAAAU